AUGAUCUGGCUACGGAAGCUCACGUUCUAUGAAAAAGUGGUGAUCAUCCAGUUUGUCUCCUUGCUAUUAGCAUUUGCUUUUCAACUCUUGGCAGUGUUGACAGUGCCCAUCACAAACUUGACAUUAAGCAAUUACGAAGGUUACAGGUUUGGGGUUUUUGGAUUGUGCGAUGACACUGGAUGUUCUAUAGGCCAAAUUGGCUACAGCCCAUAUAGUGUGAAUCGCAGAUUGAAGGGAUUCGCAUUUCCUUCGAAUGCAAGACACAGUAUGUCUUAUCUUUUAGUUGUUCAUCCGAUUUCUACAGCUUUCACUGGCGUUCAGCUUAUAUUGACAGCCCUCUUGUUCUUUAAUACCCGAAUUUCCUCUUCGGGCUAUUAUGUGUUUUUGCAGCUUUGGAGUUUGCCAACUUUCCUCCUUGCUCUUCUUUCGUUUUUGACCGACUUAUUGAUGUUCAUUCCUCAUCUCACGUGGUGUGGCUGGGUUUUACUUGCAUCGGCAUGCUGUAUAGCGCUUAAUGGAACCUUGCUUUGUGUUUUGAGAAGAGCGGCAUAUUCAAGAAUUGCGCGUCAAUACACAAAAAACUUCAGUCGGAAUGAAAUAGAUCUUUCGGCCGUUGAUUUGGUGCCCCUGGAGCCAAAUGAUCUUAUGCCGGAAAACAAGUCGAACUCUGCGAAUAGCGAAUCUCUCACCGAUUACUUUACUGAUAAUUCGUCGGCCCCAAUUGUCGGUGUUUCUUCAAUGUCCGACACCGAAGCAGUUUGGACCGAUUCUUCGACACAUGAUAAUUUGAUAGAAAGACCGCCAAUAACGGCAAAUCAGCAGCUAGGGGAUCUUCAAAGUGCCUCAUCGAGAAGCCGGUUGGAAAAUCCGGCCCGUGAAAUUCUUAAGAGGGACUAA